AUGACUGCCACAGCCCCGUGCAUUACCGUCUCAACUAGUUCGCCGGCCAACACACCGGCCGCAUCGAGCACCAACCAAUUGGAUGGAUGGUAUGCAGCGCAAUUAUCGCGCAAUGCAUCUGUCAUCUCGACGUCGUCGUCAUCAUCAGCCUCGUCGCUGCGAUCAUCUUCGCGUGCACGUUCUCCCUCUCGUCCCCCGGUCUCGCCCUCCACUCCCCGUGGUUCGAGAGCACCUCCACCAGUAUGGGUUCCCAGAGAGCUCGGCCGCGCAGACAGCGACGACGACAGCGAUAGCGUAUUGCCAGCUCUUGCUCCUCCAUCUUCUCGCCGAGGCUCGGAAUCUCGUAUCCGGGCUCAGUCUCGCAAGGGCUCAGUCAGCACAGUCCGUCGAUGCGAGCAGCCUGAAACACCCAUCACCUCCCACUCUCGAGGUCCAUCGCUGUCUGAAUUCGCACCUCCUGCCAGCCCGAAAAGUCCACCCGGUCUGCUUGCUGGGAGUCCCAAGAUCAUUCCACGUGCUCUUGUCGGCCCUGGAAAACGCAGCCGAGUUCCAAGUACGGCAUCGAGCGCCGCUGUAUUGGCUGGCCAGCUCGAGGUUGUCGGUGGUCCAUCCCAAGUUCAGACGAGUUCCAGUCUCAACCCCAACGUACCAUCCGCUGUCUCACGCACAGCAGCACCAUCUCCCACUCCUCCACCCACAGGACGUAAACGCCGCACCCAAUCCACGUCAACAACCAAGGCUCGGUCACGUUCCACUUCGGCCGCCCCACGUCAGCGACAGGCCGUCAGCGCCGCCGAUUUCGAAUUUGGUCCCGAACUGGGCAGUGGAAGUUAUAGUACCGUCGUCAAGGCAUGGCUCAAAGGCAAUACUGGCGCAAACAGCUCGAGUGCACCAGGCGUUAUGGGUGGAAUAGCAGGCGUCUAUGCCGUCAAGGUUUCUGAUAAGCAGUAUCUCAUCAACAAGGGCAAGGUCAAGUACGCCAACGUCGAGAAAUCCGCCCUUGCCCUCCUCGGUGCGGGAAACCAGCAUCGCGGCACCCAGGCGUUGUCAAAUUACACUGGACGUUCCACGAUCCUACCAGUCUCUCUUGUGCCGACAAGCCAGGCACUUCAAAUCUUGUUUAUGCUAAACGCGAGGUGUUCCCGCCAAUAG